AUGCCAUCUCCCUCGUCGCCGUCGCCGCCGCUGAUGGACCAAGAAUUCCAGUCCAUCUCAGCCGCUCCAUCAACCUCAUCCACCCUUCUCUCCCCCGCACCUCGUCCCCUCUCUCGACGACGAGCCUCUCAACCAGUCUAUCCCAUCUCUCGUCCUCUCACACCCCUCUCCAUCGCUUCUGCAAGGCUCAAUCCGGACAGUAGAUUGGAAAGGUAUGCUGCUGCUACUGCUGCUACCGGUCCUGCGCCUGGCUACUGCGAGUCCGAUGGCGAUGGCUGCACAGCAAGCGGAAGCACAUCUCACUCUGGCUCCGAGGAUGAGGACGAUUUGAAUUGGAGCAGACGCAAAGGUGCGACGGACAGCUUCGAAUAUGUGAGUGUAUGCGGGGUGCUAGUGUCGAAUCAAGCUGCAUUGGCUGCAUAUCCAUGCCCUCUUCUUCUUCUCUGCCCCACUGCCUCCAGCUCGACCUUUCGCUAUCGGUACCUUACACCCUCGUCACCAUGAGAGCAUCGCUCUUGCACCAACUAUCAGACAUCGAGUCGCGCGUCCGCUUGCUCGUCUCUUCCUGGUCACCGCGAGAUCUGGAUGUGUCGGCAAGCGCAGCAGCAGCCAAGACGUUGGCCACGUUUCAUGCUCAAGCAGCAGCCAUUCGAGCAGACGCAAAGAGGUUGACAUGGAUGCUACCUCGCGUACCUGUACCUGCUGCUCUCAACGCUGCUGCUCCUCUACCUCGACUCGCUGCCAAAGGUCAAGAUUUCUUGUCAGAGUGGGACACGCCCACUCUUCCCAAAAUCCCUCUGCCAUCCUUACCGCUGCCGGCUUUGCCUGCUUGGCCCGCUGCUGUUCCGCAUUUCACAUCCGUAGCCGCCGCUCAAUUACCUGCCAACGGAGCUUCGAUCUUGGCAGCUUUGCAAGAUCGACUGGAAGCGAUGCAGAGCGCCUAUGCCGCCCUGACUCUUCGAGACCUGUUCAGCAGCGCCUCUGAGUCAUCCCGGGAUGCUUCAAGCGCCGCAUCCCAUGCGAUCAACAAGAUCUCUGCAGACUCGACAGAUGCGACGCAUGCUGCUGCUUCGGCUGCGGCGCACAGCCAGUUGGAUAUCUUGUUGGCUAGAUUGAGAGCGACGGGAGAAGAGGUCAGGGCUAGAGGCCAUGCGAGGGCUAGCUCAGUCGCUAAGAAAGCCAGAGAGAUGGAGGAUGCUGUUUAUCACGCUGCGCUCGAACUUGCGGGUCAAGGUCAGCGAUUGAUCAGGUAUGAGAACCUGCCAGAAUUGUGGAGGAACAAUGAGCACAUCGUGAGUGCAGAGCGAGCAUUGCGGCUGAUGGUCGGCUGAUGGCGGCUGCGCAAGCUGAGCACACACCCGCUGGCGCACAUCCGCACCAACAGCUCUCUGGCUAUCGCUUCAUUCCUUCUCAAAACUUUGGCGCUCUCUUGCGCUCGACUUUCGAGAUUCACAAUGAGACGGGCAACAUUCACUCUCACCUGCUCGGAGCAGUCAUCAUCAUUCCCCUCUUUUGGCCCUCUAAAGGAUUGGAUGCGGAUACGACGCCGAUGGACCGACUGGUGCAGACAUUGUACCUUGCAGCCGCGCUCAAAUGCCUCGUGCUCUCCGUAUCGUGGCACGUGAUGGCCGGUUGUGCCAAUGCUUGCUGGUUCGAGCGAUUUGCCUGUGUGGACUAUACGGGCAUCGCUUGGCUCGUAGCAGCGAGCGUAUGGACAUUGGUGUACAAUGGCUUUUACUGCCAACCCAACUUGGCCAUGUUUUACUCUCUCACCACGCUCAUCGUGGGAGCUGUGGGAGCAACGGUGCCUUGGGCAGCAUGGUUCAACGAGCGAAGCAACAAGGGCUUGCGAAUCGCAGUCUUUUUGACCAUGUGCUUCACUGCCCUCGCCCCUUUUACGCACGCAGCAUUUGAGCACGGUCUGAUCAAGACGCUGCGAUUCUUUGCUCCCAUCGCUCCAAGUCUGCUAUGCUACGUAGGCGGACUGAUCUUCUACGCCUUUCAAUUUCCAGAAAGCUAUGCGCCCGGCCGCUUCGAUAUUUGGGGACACGCGCAUCAGAUCUGGCACGUGGCCAUCGUAGGCGCCAUCUUGCUGCACUAUCGAGCCGCGCUGAUCUUUCAUGCCAACAGGUUCGACUUUAG